GUGGCUCGCUCGCUGUUGAUUCUGCGCUCGCUGACUUCACUAUACUAUUUCGUAGAAUGAGCAUCCACUGAUGCGCUCUCGCUUUCUAAUUCCGAAGGCGGAGAAACGGGGCGGAUAAUACACGAGCGACUGGCGUCUGUUGGUCCAACGGGCUCAACCCUUUUUGAACUCAAAACCCUUCAUUUCCGAUCUCCCCAUAAGCCAUUACUUACCUUAAAACCGCCACCUACGUCUAGUCACCCCCUUUCUUUCCGCCAUCCCCUCCCUCCCCUUCAUCUCCUUCAUAUCACGAUGCCUGCUGGCGACAUCCUCAAGAAGAGAAAGAUUGCGGUUCUCGGCUCCCGCUCCGUCGGAAAAUCUUCGCUCGUGGUGCAAUUCAUCGAAAACCACUUCGUUGAAUCAUAUUACCCCACUAUCGAGAGCAACUUCACCAAGACUAUAAAUCAUAAAGGAGACGAGUAUGAGUGUGAUAUCAUCGACACCGCCGGUCAAGACGAGUAUUCAAUAUUGAACCACAAACACGCGAUCGGCAUCCACGGCUUCGUUCUCGUCUACUCUGUUACAUCAAGAACUUCUUUCGACAUGAUCCAGGUGAUAUAUGACAAAAUUGUCGACUUUUGCGGGAUGAAGGAAAUUCCGUGUGUCAUAGUGGGCGCAAAAACAGACCUGCAACAGAGACAGGUGGCCAUCAGCGAGGGAGAAGAUCUCGCCAAGUCGGUUCAUGCGGCAUGGAUAGAAACCAGUGCGAAAAAUAAUGUCAACGUUGGCAAGGUUUUUGAGUUGUGUCUGGGCGAGAUCGAGCGCAAUACUCCCCACAAGCAGGCCGACCCACCAGCGAACCGGUGUUUCAUCAUGUGAUAAAAACAUGUCUUCACCUCCCAAUAAUCCUGCUCUCCCCACACAUGUCCCGUUGCAUAUGUGCGGCGUCUGAAGCCUCUUCAGGGAACUUUCGCGAUGUUUUUGAAUAUGGCAAUUAUCUCGCAUCCUCCCCGUCGACCCAGUCAGUCUAUUGUUGGGUUCUCUUUUAAUGAUUUAUUAGUUUUUCUCCCCACGGACCUAUGGGAUCGGCCUUCUACCUAG